UCAGGCUUCUACGCUCUCGGGCCCCGCCCGGCCUUGGCACCGCCUCGGGCUGACGGGCCCGCCCCGUCCCCAGUCUGCUCUCGUUCUGCAGCAUGGAGCCGCAGCUUGGCUUCCGCGGGCGCCGGGCACUGGUGACUGGAGCAGGGAAAGGAAUCGGGCGCGCCGUGGCCGUGGCGCUGAGCAAAGCCGGGGCCCGUGUGACCGCGCUGAGCCGCACAGCGGCGGACCUGGAGAGCCUUGCCCAAGAGUGCCCGGGCAUCGAGCCCCUGUGCCUGGACCUGGCCGACUGGGACGCCACGGAGGCGGCGGUGGGCGCGGCAGGGCCGUUCGAGCUGCUGGUGAACAACGCGGCCGUGGCGGUGCUGCAGCCCUUCCUGGAGGUGACGCGGCAGGCCCUGGAGCGGUCUUUUGAUGUGAAUCUUCAGGCUGUGCUUCAUGUCUCCCAGAUUGUGGCUCGGCAGAUGAUUGCACAGGGGGUGGCAGGUGCUAUUGUGAACGUCUCGAGCCAAGCAUCUCAGCGUGCUCUGCGGGAUCAUGCUGUGUACUGUUCCACAAAAAGUGCUUUGGAUAUGCUGAGCAAGGUAAUGGCAAUGGAACUAGGACCCCACAAGAUUCGGGUUAACACUGUGAACCCCACAGUGGUUAUGACUGACAUGGGGAGAAUUAAUUGGAGCGACCCUCAGAAAUCUGCUGCCAUGAUUGAUCGAAUUCCACUGGGAAAGUUUGCAGUUGCAGCUUUGCUGAAUGGCUGUGGCCAAAUUCCUGAAGCAUUUGAUGAGCACAGGAUGAGAAUCAACCUUAUCUCCUCUCCUCUACAGCCCUCUUAUGUUAGAAGUGAAAUGCACACUAUGACUGGAAGGGGAGCAUAAGCACUUGCUUUGAACUAAGUAUCGCUUGAUCACAACAAAGACUUUUUGAUGUCCAGCUCUCAGCCACACUGCCCUGCAUGCUGUGUCAAGCACAGGUGGGGGGGUGGAGAUAUCUGCCUGCUCCCAUUACGCCUAGAGGCCAAAGCAUACUUUUUGGGAUGUUUGUUUCUCUAGUACAAUUUGAGAGGUGCACUGGAUGUUC